GGAAACACGUAUGAAAUAAUCUAACACCAGACACAAUGGCAGAGAAGAGUAUCCAGUUUACAAUGAAUCCUCACUUUGCUAAAGAAUUUGCCAGAAGGAAGGUGUUAUGGCAGCCAAGACAUCUGGUUGAUAAAAAUGUACGCGAUAAAGCUCUUGUGGAAUUUGGGCAUAUCCUUGGCUACAAUUUGGACCCCAAGGCCAUAAUACGUAAAAUGUUACUAUUAUGUUUUCGUUUUCAAAGGGCAUACAAACAAAAGAUUCUGAACCUUAUAACUGAGUGCUACAAGACUGGAGUGCCAAUGCAUGAGGCUUUAACUAUAUCGAAGGCCCCCAAAUGGAUGGCAGAGGUGGACAAGGAACUUCAGAUCCUGCCUGCAUUUAUACAGCAAAUAAACACACAAACAGAAACUGGGAACCCAGAACCAGGACCAUCGGCAUCUCAUUAUAAUGUCAAGUUUCGAGUCCUACCAGGUGAUGAAGCUACGACAUCCAAUGUUCACAAGGAAUCCAUCUCGGGUUUAGAACCUGAGGGUGAAGAUAAUAAAAGUGGUAAGGAAGAUGACAGUGGAACGGAGGCUGUGGAGAAUAGAUGUCUGGUGGAGAAUAUCUCGAAGCAAAUGGAAUCGAACGGGCUACCAAUGUCUGAAUUCGUGAAAGCUGUAGUCAAGAAGGCACAUCUUAUGCAAACAACAUCCGGCCAAAACAUAAUGAAGGCUCUAGCAAGGAGAAUGAACACAUCCACAAACACAUUGUGCAAUAUAUGGACUAGAAUAACAGCUAUAUCCAUGUGGAAACUGAGAACUCUGCUGAAAGCCGGCGAUAUAUCGGGCAAAGUGGACAGUUUCAUUGCGAUGACUUACGAUGACUGGCUCGUGACUGAUGUCAUACUCAUGUAUGGACAGCCUGGGAAUUUGAUCACUAGUACUAACUUGUCGUCCCGGCAUCUCCUGAGACCGUUGGUAACACUGUUCCACUUGGUGCAAACUUACCACAUUGAGGAGAAGUGCAGUCUGCAGACGCUGAAGUUGAGGUGGCAAGCGCUCACCAGACAAUAUAACGCAGGGGAGACGUCAGCGUCGAGCGUGCUGCUGCAGCGGCGGUGGUACGAGCUGAAGCGAGCCGCGGGUCGCCAGUUGCGUGCCCGGUGGCGGCAAGGCGACCGAGGGCCAGCGCCGCACCCGCUCUACACGGUCAUCGCGCGCCGGUACACGCACGUGGUCAUCGAGCCGAUGGCGGUGUGGUGGCACAUGGUCGGCGUGUCGGCCGUCUUCCACUUCGAGGAUGAUAUCACGAAAAUGAAUAUGGAGUCAGUUGUUAAUGAGAAAGAAGAUUCAGACGACGAUGUCAUUCUGAUAGAGAAACAAAUAGAAACCAUAGACGUUUGGAGUGAUCACGAAGAAGAAGAAAAUCGUCUAGUCAUAGACGAAACGAUGGCUGUUGCUGACAAACAGGAAAGUGACUUUAGAGAACAACGUAAUGAAUUAAGGGAACAUAAUAUGGAAGUAGAUGCACAAAAUGUAGUCCCAUCAAAUGUAGCCAAAGUUUCAUAUUUAAGUAGACAAAAUAUAGAUUUACUUCAGCACUCAUUAGAUGUAGAUAUCCAGGUCUCAGACUCAUAUAUACAUAAUAAACCUAAUUUAGUGCAAUCGCCAAGUCAGGCAAAAACACAUGAUACUAUACAAAGAAUUGAUAAAAAUGUGGAUAUAGAAAUCGGAAAUAUUAAUAUAGAAAAUAGAGAUACGGAUAAAGGAAAUGAUAAUUCAAUUAAAGAUACAGCUGGACACCAAAAAAAUGUAGAUUCACCGAACUGUGGAACAAUGUCUAAACAAGUACCAGAUUCUAAUGAAGAUAGUUCAACUAUACAUACAGAAGAAAAUAAUAAAAGUACUAAUUUAAAUAAUAGUAAUACAGAUAAACAAAGUAAUCAAUCAAGUAUAUUAAAUACAAAGGAAUGUGUUGGAGAUAUAGAUAAGCUUAAUGAAACUGAUAAUGUACUUAAAGAAAUCUCAGAUUUAUCAAAAGAAAGCAGUCCAAUGGAUGUACAGGAAGACACUGUAGAAAAAACAAAUCUAUCCCAACAAUCACCAAAUAUUGACUUCCCUUUGAAUAUUCAGACCAACUCGAACACUCAAAAUAUAAAUGAAGCAAAGACAACAGAUCAAGAAACAAUGAGGGCAUUGAAUAAUCAAGAUUUAAAUAAACAAUCAAAUUCGAAUGUUGCAAAUGUCGCUGACAGAGAAAAACAAAACAAUAAAUCAAAUGAUACAAAUAAAGACCUAGAAUCAAGAAACGAUAAUAGAGAUAAUAAUAAAGACCAACAACAAUCCAAUAAAGCAAAAUCGUCGAAGACGACUUUAGUAGGAAAACAAACGGAAUUACAGAAUAAGAAUUCAACCAAUCCCGAAUCCUCACAUUUAAUAAAGACAUAUACAGAAUCACUAAAUGAUUAUGCAAAUAUAAAUAAAGAAAUAAGAAAAUAUACUGUAAAAAAGCCGCAAUCCGCAAAAAAAAUACUUAUCAUGUCUCCAAAUGAAAUCAAUUCAAAAUUUGAUGGUAUGGAUAGCAAUAUAACAGAAAAAAAUUCUGAGAACGUUAAAUCCCGUGGAUUAUUGCUAAAGCUCCUUACGAAACCACACCGUAAAUUGAAUGAAAUGAAUACCGGAUAUUAUCAAUUUACUCAUGAAGCCGCAGCUAAUAAAAUACCCAAAGACACAACAAAAACUGUUGAAAAGAAUGAUAACGCUGUUGAAAAAUCUGAAACAUUGCAGAUACUGGAUGAAUUAGAUCCCAAUAAAGCUGAAACCACACUCAUAUUCGAUUCAGAUAGCGACGAAGAUAUUUUAGUCAAAGAUAAACAAGAUGAUGCAAAUACAAAUAACGCUCAAUGUAAAAAUUCUAAAUACACAAGUGAUGUAUUAAUGAAUGAAGUAUUGGACAAUUUGAGAUCUGAAUCUGUAGAUAAUUUAUCUAUAAACAAUUUGGUGGAAACACAAACUGGUAGAAAUGAUACACGCAGUAGUAACAGUUCUACAUUUGUCGAAUUAUUAUCUAGGAAUAGACAAACUGGCAGUAAUCAUAGAGAUGGAGGCAUCAAUGACGCUUCUAAAUUAACCAAAUCAUCUACAAGUGAAACUGAUCGUAGAAUUGAUGGAAAGCUGCUUAUGUCAGUCGAAAUACCUCUAAUAAGAAUAGACAAGACUCCAUCUUGGAAGAAAUACUCUAAGAAUUAUUCAAUCGAUUUACGUCUUGUGAAUAAUGAUUGGGGCGUACGAAGAUUGAGUUAUGUUUUGAGCAAAGGACUAAUAAAGACUGUUGGUCCUGUGGAGGAAAUGAUGAAGUACUGCCGCGAGGUCCGGGUGCACGUGGCGCGGCUGCGGGGGCGCGUCGGGCACGCGGGGCCCGGGCGGCGCGUGCGGCUGCCCGACCUCGCCGCCCUGCGCCGCCGCCGCCCGCCCACCGCGCACGUCGCGCCCCGCCCGCACACACACACGGACGGCGACACCGACCCCCACUGUGAGUACACACACACGCGGGGCCCGGGCGGCGCGUGCGGCUGCCCGACCUCGCCGCCCUGCGCCGCCGCCGCCCGCCCACCGCGCACGUCGCGCCCCGCCCGCACACACACACGGACGGCGACACCGACCCCCACUGUGAUACACACACACGCGGGGCCCGGGCGGCGCGUGCGGCUGCCCGACCUCGCCGCCCUGCGCCGCCGCCGCCCGCCCACCGCGCACGUCGCGCCCCGCCCGCACACACACACGGACGGCGACACCGACCCCCACUGUGAGUACACACACACGCGGGGCCCGGGCGGCGCGUGCGGCUGCCCGACCUCGCCGCCCUGCGCCGCCGCCGCCCGCCCACCGCGCACGUCGCGCCCCGCCCGCACACACACACGGACGGCGACACCGACCCCCACUGUGAUACACACACACGCGGGGCCCGGGCGGCGCGUGCGGCUGCCCGACCUCGCCGCCCUGCGCCGCCGCCGCCCGCCCACCGCGCACGUCGCGCCCCGCCCGCACACACACACGGACGGCGACACCGACCCCCACUGUGAUGACGAUAUGGACAAUAUACCAACGGAAGAACAGCUGACGGAUCUGCUAAGAAAUUUGACUAAUAAAGGCGUAGCGGAAAGUGCGUCGGCGUGGCGCCGGCAGCGAAACGAUCAGCCGCAACCUCAGCUGCGCAAUCACCACAAGCUGCCCCACCUACAGCUCACCUGCACCUGCCACAUCUGCUACUCGUUCAAGAAGCAACACUUCCUACGUGAGCAGACUGAACUACAGAAGGAGAUAGAAGUACUGCUCGACACACUGCCGAAGACAGCCCUAAAUGAAUCGAAGAAACCAGUAAGCGAGAUAGAUCAAGACCCAGACUACAGUGUCAAGACUACAAAACAGAAGAAAAAGAAACAGCAAAAUGUAACACGGACGAUAUCCAAACCAUCCGACGAUGAUUACCAGGAAUGGAUAAGACAGAAGAAUAUCCAUCAAAGGUUCUUCAAAUUACCGUCUAUGGAUCUACAGAAGAAAACACAAAAAGAUAUUCCAACUGAAAACACACAACUGGGUGCGGUUGUAACUGUAGCGGAAAUUGCAAAUAGUAAUAUGGCAACACAAGAGGCAUCAACGGGUAAUGUAAACACACUCGAAAGCGUCAUUGCGCCAUCGAAUGUAAAUGAAAAAAUAGACAUUGAACCCGCAGAAACACAGCCUACACUCAAAUCGUUAACAGGUAAUAAAAACAUAAUCAUCUUUGACGAGAAUUUUCGACAGAAAAUGGUUAAAUCACUAAACGAUAUGGCCAAAAAUAAAACUAAUCCUGAGAAUAAUCUGCCACAAUCUACUGAUCCAACUGUGUUUCGAAUUAGGGCCGGGAAUACAUUUGUUAAUAUAAAUCAUGAAAGUUUCAAGAAGGUAGUAGAAGAUAUUAUUGGUGGUCAAAGUGUGGGGAAUAUUAUUGAUGAUCAAAGUGUUGAACAGAGUCCUGGUAACAGCGGCGAACAGAUGAGGAGUCAAAAUAUUAAAGAAAUUAUUGAACAAAUUAUAGGAGGACAAUGUUUAGGACAGAUUAUUGAUGAUCAAAUUAUUGAACAGAUCACUAAUAAAGUUAAAGAAAAUGAAUAUGUCGAUGCUCAAAACGUUGAACAAAGCACGGACAGACAGAGUGAUGGAGUAACUGAAAAUAGUAAUGUUAAUCAGAAUAUUGUAGAAAAUGUUAAAAUUGAAAGCAUUGGACAAAUUGUAAACGAAGAAACUAUUAACAGUGAAAGAGUUGAUCAAGAUAUUGGACCAAAUUUUAAACAAGUUAACAGUAAAAUAGUCUAUGAGAAUGAAGAAAAUAUUAAUGGCCAUUUAGCUGGUCGAAAUAUAGAAUUCGAAAUACCUCUUAUAGACCUUGGUCCACCUGAAAUUAAAGUUGAACAACCUGCAGAGAGUGUAGCUCAAGAUGAAAUAUUGGAUACAGAUACAAUGAUAAGGGAGGAUCUACAGGAAACAAUUGAUAAUAAUGAUACAAACGAAAAUGUAACACAAUUGCCUGCUGAUGAUUCGAUGUCCAUUGUCAUUUCUAAUGUUGUAUCACUGGCUAACAAUAAGGUGGAUGAUGUAGUUUCUGAAUCAUCAGAAUUAAUUAAGCAGUGUAGAGGCACGAAACGUCAUCGUUCAGGUAUAGACCCGAUCAGCAUCAAGCGUAAGUUUACAAAUUUGGAUGAUGGUAUAGUUGAUUCCUCUUCCAAUGACGAAACUACAAUCGGUGGAAAGAAAUAUAACACGAAUUUUAAAGUAACAAGAAAUAAGCUCCGCAGUUUGGAAAUCAACUCUGGCGCAAUCGGUUCCGUACAAGUGUCGGAGAAUAUUGGGUUAACUAUACAAGUUGCAUUAGACUCAAAUAGGAAUGAACCCAGUUCAGGACCAUCAUCAAAUAUUCACGACCAUGACACAUCAUCAGGAAGCCGGGAGAUUACUGAUUUGACUUUAAGUGAUACUGACAGUAGUAGCGAUCCUUCAUGGCACAUUCCUGAGAAGAAGAAGAAGAAAGCUAAAAAGCGUGUUAAGAAGCCCCAUUCAGACGUGGAAAUCGACGAUAUCAUGCUCGUCCCACCCCUUCCUAUUGCACAGUACCUCUUAGAACGCGAAGCUGAGUUACAGUCACUCCUUAUAUUAUGCAUAGACCUAUCCAAACCCAUUUGGAGACUAUUCCAAGACCAAUUAGUGGUGACAGAUUAUAUGAUACCAUUCGAUGAACCGUCAUACUGGAGUACGGGACCCGCAGGUAAAACUGCCAAGUUGAUUUUACCUAAUACACAACCAAAAAGUAACCAGAUGGGUCAAAGUGAGAACCAGAUGGACCAAAAUGGGGAUCAGAUGGGUCAAAGUAGGAAUCAGACGAACCUAAUUGGGAACCAGAUGAGUCAAAAUGGAAACCAGACGAGUCAAAAUAGAAGUCGGUUGGAGGAUGUGGUCGUAGUGUCUGGUCGGGAUUCAAACGUGUCUACUAAUGUGUUCACAAACACAGACGGCACUACUGUGCUGCUGCAUGCUCCCGAUGAAGUUUGUAUACAGAAUAAUAUAUACAAGAGGAUAUAUGACAACCCGCUUGUCUAUGCUCGGGUGAAGUAUGUCGUAUCGGAUAUAAAUAUUUGUAGUAUACUCGAAACCAAACAAAUACCUAUAGAACUAUAUUCAUUACGAACUGGCGUGAUAUCACCCACGUGUAAAGAGGCUUACCCCAAAAAAAUACCCAAUACACCUAAUACUAUUAAGAAAACUGUCAAAAAACCAGGGGGUAACAACACCCCCACACCUAGUUCCACGAAUCAAGUAACUGGAAACCAACUUCCAGUAUCUUCAUCUACAGUACUACCAGUACACAAAGAACCGCCAGCUAUAGACAAAUCAUCAGAUGCAAUGACUAUGGCAGUCCAGGCGACAAUUUCUAAAACAGUUUUACCUCCCUCAAAACAGGUACGUGUAUAUUCUGCCCCCACUCACACUAUGCGAGCUGUACCAAGUAAUAAUGUUCAAAAUCCUCUAGUAACGGUAGCAUCAAACCAUUCGAUGUUCCAACCAUCUAGUUUUACACAGUCUUCAAUAUUAACAAAUUACAUCACCGUCAAUCCAACUGAACCUCCUAUUAGGUCUUUCAUCCCAGCCAAUUAUAUACCACCUAACAAUCCAGAGACAACAACUCUUUCUGAUACAUUUUCCAAUUUACCUGCAAAUCAUGUACUGGUUAGAAAUUCAGAAAUAAGGUAUUCUCCUGCCCCAUGGUCCAAAUCUUCAUCGCUGCUUAGGACGAUGGGAAAUGAAACUAAUAAAACACCAUCGAAUAAUGUAGACAGUCAGCCAAAAAUUUCAGUUAAAUCUUUCGCCAAAGAAAUUACAUACUCUCCCUCGGCUAAUAGUCUGCCGGCUGCUGCGAGUCCCUAUGUGCAACCAAAAUUAAUUAUCACGCCAACUGUACCUCUAACGAAUGAAUCUAAACCUUCAGAAGGUGAAGAAGAAUACAAAUAUAUUAUGAUAGUCUAGAUUUAAGGUUAAUUUAGUCAAUCAGUAUGGAAUAGACGCUUUAAUAAUUU